GUUGUUGGAUUGGCAGCAAAACAAAGUAGAAUGAGGAAUAUUUCAAAUACAGUAAUGAAAGUAAAGCAGAUCCUUGGCAGAAGGUGAGGCAGAGUAUAUUCAGCGCCUCCAGACCGUGCAUCACAAUGCAGACGUCUACCAGGCUGUGUCUAAGCGGAUGCAGCAGGAAGGCUUCCGCCGCACCGAGCGUCAGUGCCGCUCCAAGUUCAAAGUCCUGAAGGCAUUAUAUUUAAAGGCCUAUGUGGCCCACGCCACAAGUAUGGGUGAUCCACCACACUGUCCCUUUUAUGAUACGUUGGAUCAGCUUCUCCGAAAUCAGAUAGUGACUGACGCAGACAACGUAAUGGAGGAUGCUGCUUGGGCCAAGCACUGUGAUCGGAACUUAGCGGCCCCUGACGCCCCAGGAGAAGAAGGAGCCAGCAUUCUGGGAGCAAAGAGGACUCAGGCAGCAGAUCAUCAGCCUGUCUUGAAAACAGUUAAGGAAUCAGAUGAGGAUUGUCAACUGAGGAUCAGUGACCAGAUGCGAGAAACCAGUGACCUUGAGGACUCCUGGGAUGAAUCUUCGGGUGCAGGGUGCUCUCAAGGGACCCCCAGCUACAGCAGCUCCCACCACCUUUUCAGAGGUGCAGCUGCUCCCUGUCAGAGCAGCCCCGUGACCAGACUGGGGGUGUCCGGUGAGCCCAGCCCCUGCACCAGCUCCAGCCGAAACACUCCCGGGGUGGCCUCGGCACAGCGGCCUCCGGGCUCCUCCUCCAGAGUUCCUUUUGUUUCUGGUGGGGAUGGGCCUUUGACCAGUGAGCCCCCUCCCAGGUGGGCAAGGCGAAGAAGGCGGUCUGUGGCCAGGACUAUCGCAGCCGAGUUGGCAGAAAACAGGAGAUUGGCGCGAGAACUUUCAAAGCGGGAGGAGGAAAAAUUGGACCGGCUGAUUGCCAUUGGCGAGGAGGCCAGUGCUCAGCAGGACACAGCCAACGAGCUGCGCAGGGAUGCGGUGGUCGCCGUCAGACGCUUGGCCACAGCGGUGGAAGAGGCAACCGGUGCUUUCCAGCUAGGGCUUGAAAAGUUGCUUCAGAGCUCUGAUGAUCCACAGGCUCAGAAAUACAUCAGGGAUAGUAAGUGUUUAGUCAUUGAAAAAAAUGGGAAAUUACGCUAUGAAAUAGAUACUGGAGAAGAAAAGAAAUUUGUCAGCCCAGAAGAUGUUGCCAGACUGAUAUUUAGUAAAAUGAAAGAAACAGCACAUUCUGUCUUGGGCUCAGAUGCAAAUGAUGUAGUUAUUACUGUUCCAUUUGAUUUUGGAGAAAAACAAAAAAAUGCUCUUGGGGAAGCAGCCAGAGCUGCUGGGUUCAAUGUUUUGCGGUUAAUCCACGAACCUUCUGCAGCUCUUUUGGCUUAUGGAAUUGGACAAGACUCCCCCACUGGAAAAAGCAACAUUUUGGUAUUCAAACUUGGAGGAACAUCCUUAUCUAUCAGUGUCAUGGAAGUUAACAGUGGAAUAUAUCGUGUUCUUUCAACAAACACUGAUAAUAACAUUGGAGGUACACAUUUUACAGAAACCUUAGCACAGUACCUAGCUUCUGAGUUUCAGAGAUCCUUCAAACAUGACGUGAGAGGAAAUGCCCGUGCCAUGGUGAAACUGAUGAACAGUGCUGACACUGCAAAACAUUCUUUGUCAACCUUGGGAAGUGCCAAUUGUUUCCUUGACUCAUUGUAUAAAGGUCAAGAUUUUGACUGCAAUGUGUCCAGAGCAAGAUUUGAACUUCUCUGUUCUCCACUUUUUAAUAAAUGUAUAGAAGCAAUCAGAGAACUCUUAGAACAAAGUGGAUUUACAGCAGAUGAUAUCAACAAGUUUGAAAGUUUUUAUAUUUUCACUAUUUUGCUGUAUGCUGUAAGAUGGAAAUUGCAUUUUUUUGUCUUUUGGUGGAGGUUUUCCCUUCAGUCUAGUUCAGCUAUCAGGUGCUUAUAAAAUGGAAUUUAAUACGUUUUCAUCUUUUUAAGUAUUCCAGGUUAGUGCAUAAUACAUAAAUUCUCUGUUCCGCAAGAAUUCUAAAGAAUUUGCCUAUAAACACAUUUUGUCUGAAACUAAUUUUUGAAGUAUAUUUAUAACUUUCAUAAUUUCUUUUUAUUGCUUCAAUUUUGUUUUUUUGUUUUUUGUUCUUUUUUUUUUGUGGUACGUGGGCCUCUCACUGUUUCGGCCUCUCCCAUUGCGGAGCACGGGCUCCGAACGUGCAGGCCCAGCAGCCAUGGCUCACAGGCCCAGCCGCUCCGUGGCACAUGGGAUCUUCCCAGACCGGGGCACGAACCCAUGUCCCCUGCAUCGGCAGGCGGACUCUCAACCACUGCGCCACCAGGGAAGCCCCUGCUUCAAUUUUGAAUUAAAGUAUUUUAUAGACCUAUUUCGCAGUGAUUUAAACUUUUAACAUACAACUUUGCAUAAUGUUCUUGUAAUUUUUAAUUUUACGUAGCUUUUAUAUUAAAUUUUUAAAGUAUAAGGAAGUUAUUUAAAUUAAAACUGGCCGAUUUUUCUCUAUUUAUUUAUCUUUUUCUUUUUGAGUUUAUCUGUUUUUUUUCCUUCCCUAGGUUUUGUAGAUAUUUGUUUUAUUCUUUUUUUUGCUCCCAACUCCUGGCACUACAACCCAAAAAAAACUUUCUUAGAUUUUUUUUUCCAGGUGAUAUAUUUCUCUUUUCUAAUUGUUUUAUUUCUGGUUUGCACUUUAUUUCUUCCAGUCUUUCCAGGAUACUUUUAUUAUUUUUAUAAAUGGUUAUUUUGAACAUUAAUUAAUUUAUUUCAUUUUUUCCCUAACUAAAAAAUUAACUACCGGGUUUUCCUGGUGGCGCAGUGGUUGAAAGUCCGCCUGCCGAUGCAGGGGACACGGGUUCGUGCCCCGGUCCAGGAAGAUCCCACAUGCCGCGGAGCGGCUGGGCCCGUGAGCCAUGACCGCUGAGCCUGCACGUCCGGAGCCUGUGCUCUGCAACGGGAGAGGCCACAACAGUGAGGGGCCCGCGUACCGCAAAAAAAAAAAAAUUAACUACCAUUUUACUCAUUAGCAGCUUGGUUUUAUUCCACAGGCUCUGAUAGAUUUUACUAUUUUCUUUAUUUUCAGAAUAAUCUAUAAUAUUUUCCAUUUUCCUCUAAGUUUGCAAAAGAAAUCUCAGACUACAGAGUAAAUGUUUAAACAAUUUAUUUAAAUUAAAAUUUUCCGGUUACUGCCAGCAUUAAUAAUGACACACUAUUAGUACUUUUUACCCUUUAAAUGAGAAUACCAAAAAACAAGAUUUUCCAGGGGUUUUUUUGUUUUU